UAAAAACGGGGUGUGAGUCCUGCGCCAUGCCGAUGACUCCGGUUGUUGAUCUAUAAAAUUGUCAAUUCCGAAAAAGUGUACCUACUACUGUAUUUGUAAUACUGUUAAUUUAUAAGAAAGGCUUUUCCGAUUUAAUGCAAUCAAUUGGCCACAAACAUAAAACAAUGUUCUCAAUACAGUAUUUACCGUUUCUGAAUUGCUAAAGAAAUUUUAAAAUUAUGAGGUUGUUGUGUGUUAAAAAUGCAUUUCACAAGUCCUUUUAUUACUGGAAAAAUGGAAAUCAGAAUGAAUAAAUCGGGGAAAAUAAGUUAACUGGCUCACUUGUUGUAAUACAUCAUCUUUUUUGUCAGAUCAAUCGACAAACAUGGAUGACAAAAAGUCCCACCGAAUCGGCGGCUCGAAAGUCUCAGAAAUCGCCAACAUCUUCCAAGCCAUGACCCCCGCGCAAAAGGAGGAGUCCAUCAUGGCCCCGUCGCGGAAGCGCUACAGCACCCACAACUCCACCGAAAAGCUCGAAGUCGACAGCGCCAGCAUCACCGUCAUGCGGACGCAGUCCCACGUCACCCGCUUCAACAACGCCCGCGCCCUCUUCGAGAAGCUCGGCGAGGAGAACAAGAAGGACAGGGUGAUACCGCUGCAGGCGACGCGCAGCGCCUCCAACAUCCUCGAUUCGCGGUCGCGGUCCAGCUCGAACAGCGACGGCAAGGACGGCAAGUCCUACGUCCGUUCGCACUCAUCGUCGCCCACCAACGACAACUACGACGAGUGCCAUCGCGCCGUCACCAAGACCAACGGGUUCAAUCGCAGCGAUUCGGCGCCCGACGCCAAGCCGUGCGUGGCCCGCAAGCCCGAGAAGCCCGAACGGAAGUUCAACAGCAAGGAGUUGAUCGAGCGCCAGAGGAAUUGGACGUCGCACUUUUCGAAGACGCGCAACAGUCGGUACAACAGCGAUCCGAAUAGAAACGAUAUACGGCUGGUGGUGAGCGCCGACAAAGACCCUUCGGAGGGUUCCAAAAGUACCGCGGCGGCUACUCGUAGCGCUUCGUUCGGUAGUCGAUUAAAGAGCCCGACGACUUCGCCGCCUCCGCCGCCGCCCAUACGGACGGAGGCGUCGCGUAGACAGAACUACGUGAAGAAAGAACGGCCCGCUUCCGUUAUACCCACCACCACCGACGCUCAUUUCGCUAAAGACGACAUUCUAUCGAUUACUUUGGACAACAACAAAUCGCCCGUAGCUAGUAUCAUUGAACUGGACAACGACGUUAAGUGUUUCAAUCAAAAGGAAGAGGCCUUUACGAGGAGGGAUAACCAGGACGGGUUACUGUUGACGGCUGCUUCGCAGCAAGCCGUCUCCCGGUCGCCUUUAGAGGACAAAGACACCAGCAGGGAGAAUCUCUCGGUGGCUUCGGGCAGCCUGUCGUCCUUGAGCCCGCCCAGCAGCCCCAGCAAAAUCAAAUCCGAACAGGAGAAGCAGGAACAGGAGGAAAACGAGAAAAAUAUUUUUGGGAACGAAUUGCCGAAAGCCGACCAACCCGCCUCCGAACCGUCGGCGGUGCCAAAGAGGAACAAAGCGACCGGCAUCACGUUGAACAUCGCGCCGAGCGGCGCCGGCAGCCGCCCGUCGUCGAUCGUCAGCGCGACCACCUCCGACGAGGGCGGCUUCAACGAGCCGUCGCCGAAGGUCGAGGCGCGCCUCAAGCCGCACGAAGAAUCGCUCUACGAUUUCCCGUUGAACGAGGACAAGCCGCUGGAGUACGCCGACUCGCCGGAGGACGUCGGCGAGUACCGGGACUCGACGAUGCACGAACCGGCGCCGCCGAGGCUCACCGCCGCCGAAAUCGAGGCGCUGUACGCGGUGCCGCACAAGAAACCGCCCGCCGACGCCAAGCCGCCCGUCGCGCCCUUGCACGCGGAGAGCACCUCGUCGGACGAGGACGCGCCCCAUUACGCGGUGCCCUACAGGCCGAGCGUCAGCCAGCAGAAGUCCGUCGGAUCGACGGAUUCGGAGGUGUCGCAGGUGACGGUGGUGCCGCAGCGAUCGAUCGAUUCGGACGUGAUGUACCACGAUCAAUCGCGGCACGGCGCGCCCGCCGUUUUGGCCCAAUUGGAUAGCUUCGAAGCGGACGCCGAUGACGGAGAGGCUUCCGCGAUGAAGUCGGAGCCGUUUUUGAUCGUACGCGACGUGUUGCAGACCGACGAUAGGCCGGUUCGAACGCCGGAGAUUCGGAAAGCCGAAGCGAACAUUUUGGAUUUGAACGACGUGGAGUACGCCGAUGCGAGCGACGGCGACGACGAGGUCGUCGGGCGUUUGGAGACAUCGAAGGCGCGCGAACCGGACGCCAUGACGCCCGACGAAGCCGAGAACUUGUUGAGCGUUAAGAUAUUGGAGAAGCAGACAAGAUCUCCGUUGCUAUCGGACGAAGAGGCCCAAGAGGUAACCAGACUGUUGAAUUCGAAAGAGCCGAAACCCAACCGCUGGCCGCCGAACGCGGCCCCUCCGGCGCUACAGGACUCCAUCACCGCUUCCAUGCACGACUCUUCGGGGCCCGUUUCGUUGAACGACAGCUGCGGCCCGCCGUCGCUCCAAGAAGAGCCGCCGGAAGAAUCUGUGGAGGAACAGGCGAAGCCCGAAGUGGCGCAAAGUAACGGCAAAUCGGACUCCAAAACCAAAAACGCGGAACCGUUGUCGCAGUAUUACGAGUCCACCGAGAGCUUGAACUCGACUCAAGACGAUGAGGACGGUUCCAAAGUCGAAAUCGAUACGAGCGUCACGGAUUCGGGAUUAAUAGAUUCGAUAACGAGCUUGUCAGAAGGCAUUUGCUUAGAAACAAAGACUGAACAAGACUUCGUUCCGAGGCCGGUGACCAUCAUCGGUGUCGAACACGGCGUCCACUACUACGAGGACGGGCACUUUUGGAUGGAAGUGCCCGGCCUGCCGCCCGAGGACGACGACGAUUCGGAGUUUCUCGAGUACGUGCCGAAGCCGAGGGGCCGCGUCAAGUUCUCCAAGGAUCCCAUGAAGGUCUAUUCCACCUUCAGCAUAUCCGAUUACGACAGGAAGAACGAGGACGUCGAUCCGGUGGCCGCGUCGGCGGAGUACGAGCUGGAGAAGAGGGUGGAGAAGAUGGACGUGUUCCCCGUGGAGUUGGUCAAAGGGUCCGAGGGUUUGGGGUUGAGUAUCAUCGGUAUGGGGGUCGGGGCGGAUGCUGGAUUAGAGAAAUUAGGCAUUUUCGUGAAAACUAUAACGGCAAACGGCGCCGCUUCCAAAGACGGUAGGAUCAAAGUUAACGAUCAGAUAAUCGAGGUCGAUGGGAAGAGCUUAGUCGGCGUGACACAAGCUUACGCGGCGAGCGUGCUCAGAAACACGUCCGGUUUGGUGAAGUUUAGCAUUGGCAGGGAAAGAGAUCCGGAAAAUAGCGAAGUGGCGCAGUUAAUUAGGCAAUCGUUGCAAGCCGACAAAGAACGCGAGGAACGCAGGCAGAGGAUGAUUGAGGAGCAACAACAACAGAGCGAAGCUAGCACUAUUCAAUUAGGUUCGGGAAAUACGAGUGUAAGCGAUGGCCCGAACAGUCCUCUCGUUAAUCAAGAAGCCGUUUUUGAUCCCGAACAAGAUAGCGUGGAUUCCCUGCGUACUUUACUUGUCGAGCUAAUGGAGCAAAACGGAAUGAAACCCGACGACUCCGAAAAAUUCGAGCAAGCUAGUCAAAAAUUAAAAGAGACAGAACGGGGCCUGAUAACGGCCAAAAAAGAAAUCCAAACCUACCAAAACAUGCUGGAGCAAUCGCAGAUCCAAUACCAAGCGCUAGAGAAAAAGUACAACAGGGCGAAGCAUUUGGUGAGGGAGUUCCAGCAGCGCGAGCUCGACAUGUUGCACAGGGAAGACUUCUACCAGCAGCUGCUGCAAGAGAAAGACACCGAAUACAACUCGUUGGUCAAAACGCUGAAAGACCGAAUCAUCGCUUUGGAACAGGACCUGCUCGAUACUCAAAGGAAAGCCGGCCUGCCGAUGGCCCUUCCCUACGACAACAUAAACAUCAAACAGCUCACCCCGCAAAUGUCGAGGCGACAGCCGCCCAAGCCGCUCUUCAAAUCGCUACAAUCGGACCUCUCCGAUACCGAGAUAUCGGACGCCAGUCCGGACGACGAUAAAACCGCUACCGUCGAAAGAAAAUUGCCCAUUAAAGAAGAAUUCGACAGGGCCGUACCUCCUCACGAAUUACUCGACAUUUCGGCCAGCAAAAGCAAGGCGGAAUUGGCGAAUCGAGGAGCUCUGGCUAAUAGGCAAUUGCCCAGCGUGAAGAAAGGCUCGUUGAGCAACAGCAGCUCGGAUUACGGUCUGGACGAGAGCUACAAUUCAUCGGACGAAGUGACCGAUUCGGUGUUCGCCCAAGUGGCGGAGAUCAAGCAGAAACUGAACCAAGGCCUGACGAGGCCCACGUCAUUCACGAACGCCGCAACGCAACAAUUCGCUCAAACGCAGCACACGUCGCAGCAGCAAUUGAAUCAAAAUUCGCAAUAUACAGUGCAAUAUACGCAAGUACAAAAAUCGAAUCAAUACGUAACGAAUCAAAAUUCAGUUCAAACGUCGAACGUAGUUUACGCUAGCAUACAAAAGGAGAAGUUCCAACAGCCGAGCCCCGACCCGUGGAGCAACAGCGCGAAUAAGAACUCGAGCUCGGCCGGUUGUCCUCCUCCUACGUUAAAGGAACAGUUGAAGCAGGUAUUAGCAGAACGGGAGAAACGACUCGGAUCCGACAGUACGCACAGUUCAACGGACGAAUUGAACGAAAAGACUAGAGACGAUCCCGCUCAUCAUCUCCUCGAAGAGAUCCGACAGGCUGUGAACGAAGCUACUUCCAAAGUAAAGAGAGUUGUUCCCGUAACGUUAUCGCCUCCAGGUAGCACGCCGUGGCAGCCGCAAAUGUGCAUGUCGCCGACGCCGCCUUCGCCGUCUAGUCUGUCGUCCGGUUCGGUGUCGCCGUCCCGGCACGAUUCCUCCUGGGCCAAUACCGAUCUGAGCCUUUCCUCUUGCAGCAUAGCCAGCGAAAAGAGGAAUCCUCAGUAUUGGCAGUCGACGCCGAUCCUCGAUUGGUCCAAGGAUCAGGUUUGCAAUUGGCUAAUAGCCGUGGGCAUGGAGCAACACGUUUCGAAAUUCGCGGAGUUGCAAGUGAACGGAAGCGCGUUGCUGUUGCUGACGUCCGCGGACUUCAAGAUCCUGGGAAUCACCAGUGACGACAAGAGCCGGCUGAAGAGAAAAAUCAAAGAUCUCAAAUUCCAGGCGGAGAAGGAGCGCAAGCAAAUGGAGCGCGACAGAAAGGAGAAGGAAAAGAUGCAGAAGAAGGCCGACAAAGCGAGCAAAAAGAAAUAGUGAACAGGUGAGAUUUAUUAUUGGGGUAUUUUUGUGGUGUCGAAUUGGUAUGUGAAAGGCCUUAAAUGAAAAAAAAAGAAACAUUAUUUAUGUUCAGUUCCUAUUAGAUUGUUUGCAAUUGAUUAGCAAUAAUAUCCAACAUGAAUUGAAUACGUCUCUGUAAUACUUCAAGAAAGCAUUGAAGGUAUUCCAAGAGGUCCAAAAGAAAGCCUAAGUAGAAGAUGUUAGGAAUUGUGAUGAUAAAUACAAUUUUAUUAAAACCAAUUCGAUACUCAACCUAAUGAAUGGUAGGUAUACACUAUAUACUUUUAUCAACUGAUGCCAUAGUAUUUCCGAAAAUAAGAACACUUUUUCAUUCGCCACACUUCUCUUACAACUUUAUUUUAGUUUUAUUGGUGUAGCUGAAUACAACUGUCUUGAUGUAAUGAUGAUUAUCAAAGAAUAUCGUAAAAUUCGUUUUUUUAUUCAUUACAUUGCAUUAAGACGAUUGUACCUAAUUUUAAUGAUUAAAUAUUGCAAUGUUUACUGAUUUUUCUAUUACUUAAGUUUCGAGAGUGCCACCUAAGUAAGAUUUUUUAUUGUUCCUUAAUCUUGUCAAAUAUAAUUAAGUCAUGAAAAGGAAUGUAUGAAGUUGUAUUCUAAAAAACGUACGAUGUAUUAUAGUACAUUUCUCGAAUUAGAAUAAUAUAUGAACUGUAUGUAUAUAUGGAAUAAUUAAAGUUUGUUUCAUCAACACACGAAUGAAUAAUGCUAAUGGAGUUUUCAAUAGAAGAUUGCUAAAUUUAUUCAAAAAGUAUCUAAUAUAUUUUUUUGUUAACUUGUCACCUUACAUAUGUAUAAAAAUUUACCUUUCAUUUACUGGUUAUAUUUUAUGCAUUAUAUUGUUAUUCGAUUAAAACUGGAUUUUGGAACAAACUCAUAAAUAUGAUAUUUAAAAACUUGAUUAACAUUAUUUGUUCUAAAAGCAUUGAAACAAUCUUCAUAUUUAGCAUAAAGUGUGUAUGUUUUAGAAGCAUUUAAACCUGAUGAUCUACUAAAAAUUAAGUACGGUUUUUCCAUUUUUCAUAUUUAAGAGGUAUUUUUUUUAUGUGAGUGGAUUUCUCCAGUGACUUAAAUUGCCUUUUUUCUAAUUUUAUACUAGGUUAAGUUUUAAUUUAUUUGUAUUUUUUGAUAUUCGAAUUGUUUAAACACUAACGUUGUGAUAUAUCACAUUUUAAAAUUUUUAUUUUUUAAUGAAAAUAUGUGAUUGUUUUUAAGAUAUUUUAAUUUAUUUAGUUCAUGUUAAAUAUUGUUUUAUUUUCAUUUUAUUCGAUGUUUUUAUUACGUAUAUUUUCUUCUUGGCCGCUAUUAUGUAAAAUCAGAAAACUUUUAAAAAGGUAUUUACAUAAAAUACAUGAAUACAUUGUAAUAAAUAAAAACUACUCAAUAAAAGGUGAUAAACCUUUAAACUUUGAGUUUCUGAAUUACCCAUUUUUUUUAGUAAGCGCGAGCUUACACAUUAGACCGACCCAUAAACGAAAUUUAUAAAAGCACUUUAUUUCUUACUUACAUAAAAUGCAUUCACAAAAUUAGAUCUUCCACAUUUCUUUACAAUUCCUUCUGUAAAAAAUGCAUUUGUAAUCACAAUGUACUUGUAUAACAAACUAAAAUUGUCCAUUUACAAGAAAGUUAACCAAUAGGUAAGUCAUGGAAAAUAUAAAUAUCUUGAGGAGGCUAAAUUUUUAAUUCUUUCUUGCAAUUGAACAGAACUAACUAUUACAAAUAAAGACUAGUUACUUCAAAUAUUUGCUAUCGUGCGGGAUUAGGUCAUUUACAUGAAUUAAUUAAUACAUUUUUUUGUUCCGGUCUUUCAUAUAACGGAACCUCGUAACAGAUAAAAAAAUUACAAUAAUUUGUCACUUGAAUUUUUUUAUACUUAUUGUUAAAAUCGACUAAUGGUUUUAUAAAAAAUACUGGGUAUUUUGUGAUACUGCAAUAAGUAAAAAAUUUAAAGAAGUGAAAUAUAACUACGUACAAAUUCAAUUAAAAAUUGCUGCAAUAAUAGUGAAAACUUGUUCCACAAUUUUUAAAAUCUAUUUGUAUAAUUACCAGAUUUCGAAUUUCAUUUGUUCAAUCUUACCGUAUAUCACAUUCGAUUAAAUUAAAAAGUAUUUUCAAUUUACAGAAGAAAACAUAAUUUGCGUAUAUUAUUGUUGUAAACUUCUAUAAAAUUGGCCCUACCUAUUUAAACUAUAAUCAAAUAAUUACAUUAACUUUAAAUUAUAUUUACAAAAUGAA